GAGAGAGCCGAGCGGGACGACUUGAGUCCUUAAGAGACAAACCCUGAAAAAAGGCAGGGGAAAGGGUGUAACAUUCAAACCACAUGGACAGAGUGUUGGCAGCUAGAAGUCAGAUUCUUUAACAUUCUUCCUAAAAUUCUCAGAGAUAACCACACUUUUUGUUUGUUCAUUCAUAUAUUUAAGGGAUUGUAAAAAAAAACAACCUGCAGUCUUCAUUUAGCCAGUAAAAUCUAGUUUGGAAGGCUUGGAAAAGCUUAGACUUUUAUCCGCAGAAGAUACUGAGUUUGUGUCUCAAGCCUUCUGAAGGAAAGGCAAGAUCAGAACCAGUAGGUUGACCAAAACUUACAGACAAAGAAAAGGAAUUAGAACUGAGACGAGAACACCUCUUGAUGCAAGUCUCAAUCCUGAAAAUUGAUCCAUGACGGAAAAUCUCUAUGCCUGAAUAGAGUCCGAUUGACAUAUCAGCUUAUAAGAUGUGGCCUUAAAUUCUAAACUCUGUAGAGUCAGGGAAGCCUCAGAGGUAUUUUGAUGGCCGCAUCUUGGAAUUUCAUGAGAGUAGUUCAUUAUUCCAAAACUGUUUUGUCACAGGGACUCAAGAUAAGAGGAAUCACCAGUGAUUUUGGGCAUGCCUGGUCCAGGACUAUAACUUCAAGUUUUGUUGCCAAAACACCGACAUCAAAUACAGUGGAACUGCUUGGUAAAGUGUACCCUCGAGAUGACUACAGCAAUGUCACAGAGAAAAUUCUCUCCAAGGUGGGAAAGAACUUGCACAACCAAAGGUACCACCCUUUGUGGCUGAUCAAAGAGCGAAUAAAGGAUCAUUUUUACAAGCAGUAUAUAGGACGCUUUGGGACCCCACUCUUUUCUGUUUAUGAUGAUCUGUCCCCGGUGGUUACAGUGGAGCAGAACUUUGACAGAUUGCUUAUCCCAAAAGACCACCCCAGCAGGAGGAAAGGGGAAAACUACUACAUGAACCACACUCACAUGCUAAGAGCACACACGUCGGCUCACCAGUGGGACUUGAUGCACUCAGGGCUGGAUGCCUUUCUGGUUGUGGGAGAUGUCUACCGCCGCGAUACGAUUGAUAGCAGCCACUACCCAAUCUUUCACCAGAUGGAAGGAGUGCGGCUCUUCUCCAAUCAUGAGUUGUUCAGCAGCAUCGAAGAUGGAGAAAAUUUACAGUUGUUUGAGCAAGGGCACCACACAGCACACAAGCAGGAGACGCACACCAUGGAGGCAGUGCGGCUGGUGGAAUUCAAUCUAAAACAAGUGCUCACAAAGCUUGUGACUCAUCUCUUUGGUGAUGGACUGGAAAUUAGAUGGGUAGACUGCUACUUCCCGUUUACACACCCUUCCUUUGAGAUGGAGAUCAGCUUCCAAGGAGAAUGGAUGGAGGUGCUGGGCUGUGGGGUCAUGGAGCAGCAGCUAGUUAACUCAGCUGGUGCUGAGGAGAAAAUUGGCUGGGCAUUUGGCCUGGGAUUAGAGAGGCUGGCCAUGAUCCUCUAUGAUAUCCCUGACAUCCGCCUCUUCUGGAGUGAAGACGAACGCUUCCUGAAACAGUUUAGUGUGCCUCACAUUGACCAAAAAGUGCAUUUUCAGCCUCUCAGCAAAUAUCCUCCUUUGAUAAAUGACAUCUCCUUUUGGCUGCCCUCUGAGAAAUACUCUGAAAAUGACUUCUAUGAUUUAGUCCGAACCAUUGGAGGAGACUUGGUGGAAAAGGUUGCCCUCAUUGACGAAUUCACACAUCCCAAGUAA